UGAAAUGUAAACUAAAGCCUCCUUCACUCCCACCUGAGGAAGUAAAGUGGCUACUUCUAACUCUUCAAGAGUUGUCUUUUCAGUUUAAUGCUGAAUCGACAUUUGUCGCAGCGCUGAUUUUAGGAAAUAUCUAUGUUCAUGGUGGACCGUGUUCGGUCUCACUGCCCGCUCUUUGUAUGGGAUGAAUAAAGCCACUGAGAGGUUCGCUGCUGGACUGAACGUCGUCAGGUGGUGUUGAGGGUGCUACUAAAACACUAUGGCUCAUUGGAAGCCUGUCAGAAAUCUGAAGGCAAAACUUCUACAUCACCCGCCUGUGGUUGUUUUUUUCCUCUGCCUGCUGGCCCUUGCUGGAGCUUUCAUUAGUAUUGGGAUAUAUUCUAAAAACCAUGACAUCAAGAACCCUGACAUCAGCAUGGACUGGAACCAAAUGCUGGGAUCACUUGCGAGUCUUAAGUUCUGCACACAUUUAAACAGUACAGAGAUUUUGAGUGGAGAACAGGAUGAAGACUCACCUCGGCUAUUAGACCAUGGAGAUGGAUCCAUUACAAACACAUCCCAAAAAACUAAAGGAGUUGUUCAUGUUUCUUUGCUAGUGCCUCUGGUGCUUAUUGGAGAUGAACCAAAUCCCAACAGCAUUAGUGCCACAUUACUGGGGAGCCAGUUGGGGUUAAAAGGUGCUGCUGGAAAAGAGUUGUUAAACGUAUCACUGGUUUUGCAUCAGCAAACCCCGUUUUCAAAAACUGAAUCAAACACUGCCCCUGACCUGAAACUGCCCACCAAUGCUGAAACACAGCCCAGGUCUUCUUUAUUCUGUGUGAGGAUUACUGCUCCAGCUCACCUUCUCCCACAGACUCCAAAACCACCAGUUUGUCCUGCAAAUGACAACCUGGAGAUGUCUACUGUGAGGGCUCUUGCUAGAGAAUCGUACAAGCAGAGCUCCCAUGAUGCACCGUGCCUCAGCUUGGAGUACACACCUGACCCCAAACUGACUGUUCUACUCACUCAGGAAGAGAAAGUGCUAGCAAGAUAUCAUCUGAUGUUAGUCAGCAUGGUGCUGCUGGCCAUCUGCAUCAUCAUGUGCCUUACUGGAACCCUUGUCUGCUCCAGAUCACAGUGGCACCGGGCAAACGAUCAUUUCAAAAAGACUCUGUUGGGGGCCUGAGCAGCACAUGAGAGAUUUACUUCAAGUUAAUCACAGGGAACAACACUGUCAAUUCAUGUAAAACGUGUGAAUAAAAUAGCAUCUGCCUUUGAUUAAAGAAU